AUGGGAGAACCCGCUGACUUGUCAGUGCUCAACCCACACCCAACGCUAUUGGCUGGUCCAGAUCUCCUGCAUCAUCUAAUCAGAGAAUCGAGCGACUCAAUAGCUCUGGACUACCUAGGAAGAAAUACACGCCGUUCUUUAUCUUAUCGCCAACUUCAUGAUGCGGCCGAUGCCCUUGCAUGCCAAAUAUGUCGUGCCGUUGGAGAGGCUAAAGACCAGUUUGUGGUUCCAGUUCUGGUUCAUCAGUCGCCACAGCUAUACAUAGCUUUGUUAGCUAUUCUUAAAGCCGGCGGCGCAUUCUGUCCCAUCAAUGUCGAUGCCCCUCUAGAUCGGGUUAACUUCAUUCUUGGCGAUGUUGCUGCGACAGUUGUCGUGGCGACCAAAGAGCUCGCCUCGAAUAUACCUUCACAGAGCACCGUAAAUGUGCUUCUAGUUGAUGAAGGAGAGGAAGAGACUUACUUAGAUGUGGGCUCUGUGAGUCGGCGUGCUCCAAGCACAAAAGACUUAGCAUAUGUCAUGUACACUUCUGGUUCAACAGGGGUUCCAAAGGGGGUUGGCAUAUCGCAUUCUGCAGUAACACAAGCAUUGCUAGCCCAUGAUCAGCAUGUGCCUGAGUUCUCUCGCUUUCUUCAAUUUGCCGCCCCCACCUUUGACGUAUCGGUAUUCGAGAUCUUCUUCCCACUAUUUCGAGGGAGUACAUUGGUCAGUGUCGACCGAAGAGAGAUGUUGAACGAUUUGCCGGCAGUCAUCUCAGAAAUGAAUGUGGAUGCUUGCGAGCUGACCCCAACUGUCGCGGCUAGUCUUUUGCGGACAAGAGAAAACGUCCCAAAAUUACGGCUACUAUUGACAAUUGGAGAGAUGCUCAAUGAGCCUGUAAUACGAGAAUUCGGAGGAAGCGAGAAUAGAGAGAGUCUGCUAUGGGCCAUGUACGGGCCAACUGAAGCCACCAUCCACUGCACUGUACAAGAAAAAUUUACCUCUACCUCAUCAAUAAAAAACAUUGGUAUUCCACUGUCCACGGUAUCAUGCUUUAUAGUCGAGCCUGUAGAGCCUGCAGACAAGGGCAGAAAUGUCAAAUUCUUACCCAGAGGAGAAGUCGGCGAAUUAGCAGUGGGUGGUCACCAACUUGCCGACGGGUAUCUGAAUCGUCAAGAACAGACUGCUUCCUCUUUCAUAUCUUCACCAUAUGGCCGAAUUUAUAGGACUGGAGAUAAGGCGCGAAUCAUUAGCGACGGAACGAUAGAGAUUUUUGGGCGCUUAUCCGAAGGCCAGGUAAAACUUCGAGGCCAGCGACUGGAAUUGGGCGAAGUGCAAUCUGCCAUACUGAAAACCCCUGGCUGUCAUCUGGCUGUUGCGGCGGUGGUUGACUCUAUCUUGAUUGCCUUCUGCGUUGUGGAUACUGGCGUAACCGAAGAUUUGAUAAUGGGAUGUUGCCGGAGCUGGCUCCCACAAUUCAUGAUACCCGGAGAACUGGUAUUAAUGGAUGAAUUUCCUCGACUGCCGAGUGGUAAAGUUGAUACGAAGAAGCUGAAAGCAGAUUUUGUUGAACAGAAAGCGGCGGCCAUGACUGAUAACAAUGAUUCUCUAAUCAGUUUGUCUGACGCGGAGCAUGCUGUGAUGAGCAUCGUGUCAAGUACCUUGGGUGUUGAAAUAAACCCUAGCAUGACUCUGGCUUCAGCAGGUGUGGACUCGUUGGCUGCCAUCAAAUUAGCGUCGUCGCUUCGGUCAGCUGGAUAUGAUGCAGUCGUGGCAGAACUGCUGAGUAUGCAUACAAUAGCGCAACUGUGUUCUAGACUACGGCCUCUAUCACCCUGUUCUGAUAAAGAGUCCGACUUAGUUGAUAUCCAUUUGAUGAAGAGCUUGAGCUCGAUCACCGAGAAUAAUGCUGGUAUACAGGAGAAUCUGGAGCUAGUGGAAGAUGUGCUUCUGUGCAGCCCACUUCAAGGGGCCAUGUUAUCAGAAACAGCACAGCACCCGGAAUCUUAUUGGAACGAGAUUGAGCUGGAAAUAAAUCCUGGAAUUACUGCAGCCGCAAUAGAGGAUGCCAUUCAUCUGCUGGCUCAGCAAAGAGAUGUCUUGCGGUCAGGGUUUGUUGGCUGGGAAGGAAGCUUUGUAUCGCUAAUAUUCAAAUCAUUGCGGCCUGGCCAAGUACAGAUUGUUGACAAAUUUUAUGAACCGGAGAUAUUUCAAGAUGAAGCGCUCCUUCGGCCCCUUCGAAUACAGAUUCAACCGGCCCAGUCUGAUACAGAGUCGCGUAUUCUGAUUUAUAUCCAUCAUGCCAUCUAUGAUGGCUGGUCAAUGGACAUUAUACUUUCAGAUUUGUCCGACCUAUUAUACGAAAAGCCCUUGUCUCAUCGACCGCAGUUUUCAAAUCUGCUCAAGUAUGUGCACAACAUUCCAAGAAGCCAGCUAGAUGCCGCAAGAUCCUUUUGGGCCGAAUAUCUCCUUGAUUUGAAUAAGCCUAGCCGCCCAAAGUUGAGCUCUAGACCGGUUGAGUUUGAUAAGAUAAUAUUUGUCAAGGAGCAAUUCAAUAUUUCUUCAGAUGUGAUUCAGAGCGUCUUUGAAAAGACGGGACAUAGGGCCCAGGUAUGCUUUCAGGCAGCUCUUGCACUCAUAUGGGGGAGUAUUGUGGGCACAUCAGAUGUCCUGCUGGGUUCAGUGACAUCUGGGAGGACAGUUCCUGUUGAAGCCAUUGAAGAGAUUAUUGGACCCAGCAUAGCAUCGCUUCCUCUACGAGUGAAAAUAGAUCACUCAAUUACAAUACCUGACGUUUUAAGAGAUAUAAACGAGAGCAAUCACAAGAUCAUGGAGCACUGCGUACUUCCAUUAUCAGAAAUUAAGAAGCUUUGCAGGUUGCAGGCGACCGAAAGCUUAUACGACGUGCUAUUCGUUUACCAAGAAUCUUUAUAUACAAAGAAUCGCAAAGAGGCGAUUAUCAGAGAAACUCGACAUUUAGACCGGCUGGAAACAAAACUUCUACUAGAGGUGGAACCGAAUGAAUUUGGAUUUUCUAUACAGGCUACACAUCAUACUGAUUCGUUUACAUCAGAUGUCGUGAGAAUGCUGGUUGAGCAGCUGAGAGCGGUUGCUCAGCAUAUAAUGCACCAUCCUAACAGGCUGGUUCGGGAGCUGAAAGAAGCAAUAAAGACUGAGGCGUCUGUUGCAAAUACAGAUCCCGAAAGGUUACAGGAAGAGACAGACCUCGCUUUGCUGUUCGAAGCUGCAGCCGCGAAAACUCCCCACGCAGAUGCCGUCUGUUUCAGCAGAUCACUCUCAGAUAUCCCAAUAGUUGCUGAAACAUUGUCGUAUGAGUCUUUGAAUCAGCUCUCCAAUCAAAUCGGUCGCUUCCUGCUUGAGCAAGGUGCUGAGCCAGGCCAAGUUAUUGCCAUUGUUAUGCAAAAAUCGCCUCUACUAUACGCCUCAAUCUUGGGCAUUGCCAAGGCCAAAUGCGCGUAUCUCCCUCUUCUACCAUCCACACCAAUCGAGAGAGUGAAGGAGAUUUUUAAAUCCGGAAGCAUAGGGCAGUGCAUUGUAGAUGAGGAGUCACUGCACAAGUUACAUGAUGUAGCUAAUGUUCAAUACUUGAACGUCGAGUCAGCCCCAUUGAAGAAUUUUCCGCAUCACAACUUGGACAUAGAACCAGAUACAUCUAGACUGGCCUAUGUGAUUUACACCUCAGGAACCACGGGCGUACCAAAGGGGGUAGCUGUCAGUCAGAAGAAUAUUGUUAGCAAUGUCACGUAUCUUGCAUCUAUAUAUCCCGCUGCCCUGAAGAAAGAUCCCCGACUAUUACAAGCUUGCUCACAAGCAUUUGAUGUUUCAGUAUUUGAGAUAUUCUUUGCCUGGCACGCUGGUAUGUGCCUCUGCGCUGCUACCAAUGACGAUUUGUUUGAAGAUCUAGAGCAUUCGAUUCGUCAGUUCCAAAUUACGCAUCUGAGCUUGACGCCUACGGUGGCAUCUCUGAUUGACCCGAAGAACGUACCUGAUGUAGAGUUUCUUGUUACAGCAGGAGAGCCUAUGACUCAAUCAGUUCUUGAUACGUGGGGCGAACUACUAUGGCAAGGAUACGGACCAUCAGAGACAACAAAUAUUUGCAGCGUCAAAAGAAUGAAGUAUGGCGAGUAUAUUGAACAUCUAGGAUGGUGUUUCCCAAACACAUCAGUGUUCGUGCUUCAUCCAGAUAGCCUUGCAACAGUUCCAAUUGGUUGGAUCGGAGAGUUUUGCUUUGGUGGAGACCAAGUAGCUGAUGGAUAUCUCAAUAUGCCCAAUUUGACUGCGGAAAAAUUCAUCCCGCACCCUGAAUAUGGCCUGAUUUAUCGUUCUGGAGACAUGGGAAGAAUGCUUCCAGACAAAUCGCUGAUAAUUCUGGGUCGAAUUGAUGACCAACUUAAACUCAGGGGUCAAAGAAUUGAGGCCAGCGAGAUCAACAGCGUGGUAACCCGGAUAUCAUCUGUCCACUCUGCAGUAACUUUGAUAUUAAGGAGAGACAAAGGAGCAACCGAUCAGCUUGUUUCGUUCUAUACUACUUCACACAGGACAAGCGAGGAAAAAGGUGAAGCCUUGGAGCCAGAUAUCGAGACUCACCGCUCUAUAUUCCUUACCUUACUAUCAAAACUACCUUCUUAUAUGAUACCUUCAUACGUCAUACCUAUUUCCCGCAUACCUCUCACAUCGAGCGGAAAAGUUGACCGACGGAAACUGCAGUCUUCUUUCGAUAGUCUCUCUCAAGAGUAUCUUGAGAGCGUUUCGAGCGCUGUGGCGGCUCAAGAUGAUAUCGAAUGGACUAAAACGGAAAUUAUGAUAGCAGAUAUCAUCGCUCAGUCUUUAGGGGUGCUUAGGUCUGAUAUUGGCCGAUGGACGCCAUUUGUGACAGUUGGACUGGACUCGAUAUCAGCAAUUGGGGUAUCUCGCACUUUAAAUUCACAGCUAGAUCGCCGAGUUCCUAUCUCGGCAUUAUUACAGAACCCAUCUGUCGCGCAGCUUGCGCGCUUUCUUGAUGAGAGCCCAAAAACAAAUCGCUCAAAGAAGCAUGUGGAUUUCUUUUCUGAUUCUUUUAUAAAAGAAGUCCAUGGAAUCUUUCAACAAGAGCCAUAUUCCAUUGCUGAAGUGCUGCCAUGCUCUCCUCUUCAGGAAGCAAUGUUGGCUCAAGGACAUGGUGGCUAUUAUAAUAGAACACUUCUUCGCCUCUAUGGCCAUGUUGAUGAGAUGAGGGCCUAUUGGGAUGAGAUGACAAGACGCCAUGGCAUUCUCAGAACGUGUUUUAUCACCACUGAAAAUGUCAGGUUUCCAAUAGCUCAGGUGAUUCUGGAUAACUGGGCCAUUCAGUGGAAGGAAUUCAGUGUUGAUGGGUCUUCUCUCGAUGAGGCUAUUCGGAAGCACUUAGCUGGCCUUCCUGAUCCCUUAGAUACUAAAUUUCCUCCAUCAUCUUUUGCAAUUAUACAACAACAAGGGUCAACAUAUUUAUCUUUCAUAUGCCACCACGCGCUCUACGAUGGCGUGGCAAUGGAAAACCUUUGGAGAGAAGUGGAGUCUUUGGCGAAUGGCAAAGCAAUGCUUCCGCCUGUUUCUUACUCUCCCUUUCUUCAAGAGGCGCUUAGAUUGCCCGACGAUACCGAGAAAUUUUGGGAAACUCAUUUUAGGGGAUACUCGCCUUUUAGUCUCUUCUCAAAUUCGUCAAAGAUUCAGAGCUUCCAAGGCAUACAUCAAGAUACACUGCAAGCACCAUACGAUGAGAUGAAAGACAGACUUAGAUCCCUCGGAGUUUCUUUACUGUCAGUGUGUCAGGCUGCCUGGGCAGACGUUCUUGCAGUUUCCUCGAAUUCUACUGACAUUUGCUUCGGACUGGUGAUGAAUGGCCGCAGUCUAGAUAUCGAAGGACUGGAUAGACUAGUCGCGCCUUGUUUUAACACGAUUCCCGUUAGGCAAGAUGUUUCCACCAUUUCCCGCAACAUUGAUCUCGCCAAAUCAUUUCAACAUCUCAAUUCUAAUUUCCAAAUGUUCCAAUUCUCGCCUCUAAGGUCUAUCCAGAAACUCGUUACAAGGGAAGGCUUGGGACUCUUUGAUACGUUAUUGCUCCUUCAAAAUCCAUCUCACGAUAUGGACGGCGAUUUAUGGUCUCUGGAAGAGGAUUAUGGCGAGAUGGAUAUUCCAAUUGUCUGCGAAGUUAUUCCACGCCCGGGCUUGAACUCACUGAGUAUCAAUAUGCAUUAUGACAAGAGCGCUGUGAGCGCAGAUGUUGCAUUGGCAUUUACUGAGAUAUUCAAAUUAUUCUUUCAAACUAUUCUAGACCAUCCUUCAUCACCUAUACCGAGUAAAGGCGACAUAAAGCCUUCUUAUCUGCCCAUAUUAAAUACGGUUACCGCAAAAAGAAAAGCACACGUCAAAAUAGCAGAGAAUUACCAGAGCGCUGGAGAAUGGACAGAACUACAAUCAAAGAUUCGCCAGGUGCUUUCGGGUCUCUCAUCAACUCCGAUUCAAAAGAUUCGUCAUGAUACAAGCAUAUUCCAGCUUGGAUUGGAUAGCAUAAAUGCAGUUCAAGUGGCUUCUAUGCUUCGAAAGGAGGGCCUUGCUGUAUCUGCUUCAGACGUCAUUGAGUGUCAAAAUUGUGCUCGUUUGGCAGAUAGGAUAUCUAUAGUGUCCAACCAUAACCAAACAAAGUCUGGAUACGUUUUUAGCAAAUUUUCAAAAGAAAUAUCUGCUCAAUUAGCGCACAAGAUACCGGAUGCUACUGCCAUGGAAGCGAUUCUUCCUAGCACUCCUCUCCAGUGCGCUAUGCUUGCUUCCUUCGUUCAAUCUCAAGGCCAAAAUUAUCUCAAUCUAUUAUCUUACGAAGUUGACAAUAAUAUCUCAAAAGAUGAUUUGACUAGAGCUUGGAAAUCUCUCCAAGAUCAACAUCCUAUGCUUCGUACUGGAUUUACUACUGUCCAGAACCCGCAUAGUUCUUUUGCAAUGCUCAGAUAUCUCUCUGGGUCAGAGGUACUUGACUCGACCAAUGUUGCGCUAGAAAUGGCAUCUCAGGACAGCCUUUCUAAAUGGAAAGAGAGAGAAUCAACGAUGAUUCUCAACAACCUGCACUUACCACCCUGGCGAGUUUUACUUGCGGAAGCUGAUGGCAGAUUGACUAUGCAUAUCCUGAUACAUCAUGCUCUCUACGAUGCGCAUUCGCUGGAUCAGAUGCUAGAGCUUCUAUCUGAGCUGCUAGAAAGACCAAUAGUCACUUCUAUCCAGCUUAUUGAGCCUGCGUUAGCAGAAAUUCUAUCUAGAAGCCUCAACCAUCAAAGUGGUAUGCAAGAUUUCUGGCAGAGCAAAGCUGAAUUCACAGUAGUGAAUACUUUCCCCGUCAUGACACCGCUCCGAGAAGAUCAGAGAAUAAUGAUUUCACAUGAAGUCAAAUCUACUAUAGCGCUUUCAAACUUGCAAAUGGCGGCCAAGCAACAGAAUGUAUCAAUCCAGGCAAUUAUCCAAGCAGCGUGGACCCGAAUUCUCGCUUCAUACCUGGGCGAGGACUCUGUCGUGUUUGGCGUAACGCUAUCCGGCCGGACUAUAGAUGAGACGAGGGAUGCGCCAUUCCCUUGUAUGAAUACGAUUCCUGUUAUUGCUUCGAAUCAGCCUUCAAAUGCUCAAUUGGUUAGCCUGAUGAUGGAAUAUAAUGCCGACGUAUAUAGGCACCAGUACGCCCCUCUAUCUCAGAUCCAAAAAUGGCUGGGACAUCCUGCAAGAUCUGUGUUUGAUACGAUUCUGGUUUACCAGAAAUUGGAUAAAGAUAUUUCUACCACAAGGCGCUGGAAGCUUGUUGACGACCAUGCGACCGUUGACUAUCCAGUGUCGCUUGAGGUCAAACCGAUGAGUAAUGAUGAGAUUCGACUUUGCAUCACAUUCUUCAGCGAUGUUUUGCCAGACGAACAGGCGGAUUUGUUGGUUAAACAGUUUGACGCGAUGAUGAUUCACAUUGCUACCGAGCCUGAAGGUGAUGAAGAUGGGAUCUACCGAUCGAAGCCUGACCUAUUUUCUAUAACUCCGGCUAUUUCGCCAGAGCUGCCUGCACCUGUACAAUUUUUGCAUCACUUUGUGGAGAAGAGAGCCUUGUCUCAUCCGCAUGAUACUGCUUUUGAAUUUGUCGGCGAGUUUGAUGGCUCACGUCCUGUCAAGCAGGUGUGGUCUUACUCUGAACUUGAUGAGAUGGGCAAUAGGGUGGCCAACUUACUGAGUGACAUUGCGGCCGUGGGAAGCAUUGUCGCAAUUCAUUUUGAUAAAUGCCCAGAGGCCUACUUUUCCAUCCUUGGAAUUCUCAAAGCUGGCUGCGCUUUUGUAGCGCUUGACCCAACUGCUCCCAAAGAUCGGAAGGAAUUUAUUCUGAGAGACUCCAUGGCACCUUGUCUUCUAAAGACGUCCGGAAGUAGUAUUGAAUUUGAUACAGACGCUAAGAUUAUCAAUAUCGAUUUGGAGUCUAUACAGCAGCUAUCUGCUGAGAGACGAGAGUUGGGUCCGCAAUUCACACCAGAUGCGACUUGCUAUUGUUUGUAUACUUCUGGCACAACGGGCACGCCAAAAGGAUGCGAGAUCACGCAUGACAAUAGUGUACAAGCAAUGAUGGCCUUCCAAGAGUUGUUCAAAGGACAUUGGAGCGAUGACUCUAGAUGGUUGCAGUUUGCUGCCCUUCACUUUGAUGUCUCUGUUCUGGAACAAUACUGGAGUUGGUCAGUCGGAAUAACCGUCGUCGCAGCGCCAAGAGACCUCAUUCUUGAUGACUUGAUUGCGUCUAUCAAUAAUCUUGAGAUUACACACAUUGAUCUAACGCCUAGUUUAGCUCGUCUCACGCAUCCAGAUGAAGUGCCAGGUUUGUGCAAAGGAGUAUUCAUCACUGGAGGCGAGCAGCUCAAGCAAGAAAUCCUAGACGCAUGGGGACCAAAGUCAGUUAUAUACAACGCUUAUGGCCCAACGGAAGCUACAAUCGGCGUGACUAUGUACAAGAGAGUUCCGAUAAACGGCAGACCGAGCAAUAUUGGACAGCAAUUUCUCAAUGUCGGAUCUUACGUAUUUCGCAAAGGGACGGAAAUUCCUGUCCUGCGCGGAGCUGUUGGAGAGCUUUGUGUUUCGGGAAGACUUGUUGGUAAAGGAUAUCUCAAUCGCGAAGAACUUACCGAAGAAAAAUUCCCCACGCUUUCAGAGUUCGGUGAGAGAAUCUAUCGGACGGGUGAUCUUGUACGUAUUCUUCACGACGGCUGCUUUGAUUUCCUUGGACGAGCAGACGAUCAAGUUAAGCUCCGUGGACAGCGGUUAGAGAUUGGCGAGAUUAAUCAUGUCAUUCGCACUGGUGUGUCAGAGGUGAAGGACGCUGCAACAAUUGUCAUCAAACAUGCGUCUAGCGGCAAAGACGUUCUGGUGUCAUUCCUGGUUGGCGAGCAAAAGCCCAAGGCAGUUUUGGUUCCGUUGAUGGAUGAUGGAACCCUCAGUAUAAAAGCCAAAGAAGCAUGCCGAGCAAAGCUUCCAGGUUACAUGAUUCCUACAUAUUUCUUGAUUCUGCCAUUUAUCCCUCUUUCUCCGAAUAAUAAGGUCGAGGCAAAGGAGCUGAAGAAGCUGUUUAAUAGCUUAUCGCAUGAGCAGCUAAUGGACUUGACCACAUUCAAGGCAUCCGUUCGAUCUAUUCAUGAUGAAGCAAGUCAAAAAGUGCUCAGAAUUAUAUCUGAUUUUACUGGUAUAGAUUCGGAUAGCAUCGAUGCAGAGACAAGUAUCUUUGACCUUGGUGUGGAUUCCAUCAGCGCUUUACAACUAUCGGCAGCGUUCAAGAAUCGCGGAUUCAUAGCAUGCUCGCCCGCUACUCUGCUGCAAAACCCCGUUAUCUCGGACUUGAUUACGGCUCUGAAUGAGAAAAUACCCUUCUCUCAAAAAGACAGCCGUGUGAAAGAGUCGCAACAGAUGAUACAGGCAUACCAUCACAGGUACCGAGCACUUGUCCGUGACGUUCUGAGUAUACCGGGAGACGAUAUAGAAUACAUUGCACCUUGUUCUGCUCUUCAGCAGGGUAUCAUAUCAAAAUCGGUCACGGACGAAAUUCGUGGCACAUAUUUUAACUCUUUCUUAUUGUAUCUUGGUAGCAGCAUUGUGGACGAACAGUUAGAGACUGCUUGGACCCAACUGGUAGCAUCUCAAUCGAUCUUGCGAACGGCAUUUAUAAAGACUGCGGAAGGCUAUAUCCAAGUUGCGCUGAAAGCUCCAAAUCUGCGUUGGAUCGAAGAAGUCGUGAGCAACGAUGAGGAUAAGAGAGAUUUACUGGAUGGCCAUUGGGAAGACUGGGUGAAGCGGAACAGUGAUCAUAUCAUCACGCCAGUUGAGGCGCUCUUGGUGAAGGGACCAAGCUCCAAGAAAUUCGUUAUUCGCAUCUUUCAUGCAGUAUACGAUGGAAGUAGUUUUGAGCAGAUGUUACGGCAGCUACAAUCUUCUUAUACUGGAAAAUCUGUGACUGCUUCUACUCCAACUUUUAUAGAGGCGUUAUCUCAUGGUCCAUUAUGGCGACAUGAUGACUGCCGUGGAUUUUGGCAAAAUCAUCUUCUUGGUUGGGAGAAUUCCUCUGGUCUUCAACUUUCUUCCGCACACGGUGACGCAGCGUCUCAAAUACGAGUGAUUGACGGAGCUGCCUUGGAAAGUACCCGAAAGAAGCACAAAGUCACUUUGCAAUCGGUUGUAAUGGCAUUGUGGACGUCUGUGCUCCAAAAAUACUUUUCUGGAGGGCUCACAGUUGGUCUCAUCGUGUCAGGAAGAUCUAUUGAUCUUGCUGGUAUUGAGAAUACGAUUGGUCCGCUGUUCAACACGCUGCCAUUUUUUAAUAAGACGCUGCGUGACGAAACGUGGGAGUCUCUCAUCCGCAAGUGCAGCGAAUUCAGCACAGCAAUCUUACCGUUUCAGCAUGUUCCACUGAAAAACAUCCAGAAAUGGUGUUCUGGCGGGCGUCAAUUAUUCGACAAUCUCUUUGUAUUUGAAGUGGAGCAACAGGCGACAAUCAAUGAACCUGAGCUAUGGACGAUAGAAGACGGACCUCUCAAUCCUGAUUAUCCACUGGCAUUAGAGGCCAAAAAACUGUUGAAUGGCGAUAUCCAGCUUACUCUUGUUGCGCAGGGGCAUAUAGCAGACGCUGCAAGGUUGCAGGAAAUUUUGGACCAAACAGAAGAACACUUGGCCCUCAUGGUCGCAGAUGCGCCACUUCCUCAGCCUAUGCAAAAUGGUGUCGCGGUACCAGCUGAACCGAAUGGAUUUGUACAUCCAAAUGCUGAAACUGGCAAACAACAGCUUGAGUGGACUGAUCAAGCGCUUCGAAUCAGAGAUGAGAUUGCCUCGCUUUCUGGUAUUGACGCUCUUGAAAUCUCGGCGGCAAGUACAGUUCUUGAGCUUGGCUUGGACAGCAUUGAUGUCAUUCAACUUUCUGCCAGACUUAAACAAAAGGGUAUAUCACUUUCCGCUUCUUCAAUCAUGCGUCAGCAAACUAUUGCAAAUAUGGCAUCUUGUACCGAGGUUCAGCAAUCCAGCGAGUUAUCAAUACCGGUUACAGACGAGAAAUUCCGCAGCGUGGAACAGAAACUGUGGGCGUAUGCUCGAAAUACCAGACUGAACGCAGAUGAAAUAGAGGCUGUGCUGCCGCCGACUCCUCUCCAAGAAUCUAUGGCUGCUGGAAUGAUACAUUCUGACUUUGAGUGGUAUUUCAACCACGAUCUACUAGAAAUAAGGGCAGGAGUCGAUGUGGAGAAGCUUCAAGAAGCGUUUCUCCAGGUUAUUAAUCAGUCGCCUAUUCUUCGAACUGGAUUUCUUGAAGUAGAUGAUUUACUGCUUGAUAUGGGAUACUGCCAAAUUGUGCACAAGCACUGGAGUAACAAGAUUGAGCUCAUUAAGGUGGAAGACUUAGUCGAAGUCGCCAAUCUCAUUGAGAAUGCGAAGCAGAUCUCUAAGGCUACAAAGGGAACUGAUACUCUCUUCCAGCUCAAGUUUGUGAGUUGUAAAGAGCGGACAUUUGUCCUCAUUUCGAUCGCGCAUGCUCUAUAUGACGGGUGGUCGCUGAGCCUUCUCUAUCGAGAUCUCGAAAUGGCAUUCUACGGGACACCACAAACGAGAACAUCCGCGAAACCUUUUCUUCAAAGAGUACUUGCCUCAGCCACUGAAGAUGGUGAUCGAUUUUGGACUGGGUAUCUCGAUGAUGUUCAACCCUCGAUUCUUCUAGAGCUGCAGGAAGCCGGCAUGGAAGAGAAGCUACAUCGAAUGGAAUAUUCUACUGAAAAGCCUGUUUCUGAAAUUUUGUCUUUCUGCAAGAAACAGAGCAUUAGUUUGCAAGUUUUGUGCCAAGCCUGCUGGGCUCUUGUGUUGGCUCAUCGGGUGGAAGCCCUCGAUGUUACUUUCGGCGUAGUAAUGUCUGGACGAGAUUUUGAAGGAGCUGAAGAUUUGAUGUUUCCUACAAUCAACACUGUACCUCUUAGGUGUAUCCUUUAUGGAACCUCUUUGUCAUUUCUGAGGUACCUCGAGGCCAACAUGGCGGAUAUCCGAGCUUAUCAAGCGUAUCCGCUGAGAAAGAUACAAAAUGUGGUACGGGUACCCGGCCGUGAAUUGUUUAAUACGCUAUUUAUGCUUCAAAAGUCUCCAUACAGCUCGUCUGAAGAACCGCUGUUGAGAUCUGUCGACGGCGCAUCGGCAGUUGACUACCCUGUCAGCAUUGAGGCCGAAGCUGUGGAUGAUGUUCUUGUUUGGAGAACAGCUUGCCAGUCCAAAUAUGCUUCUGAGGACGGAGUUGGGAAAUUACUCGAAGAUUUGAACAAUGUCCUUGAGUUUCUGACGAGCUCGGAGGAGAGAGAGAUUCUUUCCUUUGAAGAAGAUGGUGUUUCGAUUGCUGGAUUGCCACAUAUCUCAAUAUUAGAAGAUGGGCGUAUCAGCGGCGACGAGAAGAAUUCAAGUUCAGAUUAUGAAGAGACGAGGCUUGAUAAGACUGCGUUGGCUAUUCGAAAAAUACUCAGCUACGUGUCAGAUAUUCCAGAAGAGUCUAUCAGACCUGAGAGCAAUCUUUAUCACCUGGGCCUGGACUCUAUCAGUGCGAUCAAGGUAUCGUCUCUACUGCGCAAAGAAGGUAUAUAUCUCAAUUCUAGAGACCUCAUCAGAGCCACAAGCAUUAGUCAGAUGGGUCGACUUGCCGCCCCUCUCCUAACAAACGGGGAUCGACCCAAACCCAAGGAAUUGACGUGGACUCCUACGGAAGAUGUUGAUAUAGAAGCACUCUUUGCUGGAGCUCACGUCUCGAAAGAGUCUAUCGAAGCGGUACUUCCAGCGUUGCCUAUGCAAGUCUACAUGAUUAGUGCGUGGCAAAACGCAGAAGGCGGCGUCUUUUACCCAGAGUUCAAGUACGUCGUCAAAGGAGCUAUUAGCGUGGAAGAGGUGUUUUCAGCCUGGCACCGCUUCGUCGCUCAAACACCAAUUCUCCGAACCGUUUUCAUUGCAACUAAAGUUCCUCAACAGCCAUUUUUGCAGGCCAUUCUCAAGGCGGACCACCAGCCUGUUGACGAAGCUGCGAUUAAGCCCAUGGUGAAUUUUCAUGUCGCUGCACCAAACGGCGAGACGGGCGACCGAAUAGCUAUAAGACUAAAAAUCCACCACGCUCUCUAUGAUGGAAUUAGCAUUCAAGAAAUACUACACGGGCUAUCGAAGUUACUUAAUGGGAGUGCGAUUGAGAACGAACAGAGCGUCGCAGAGUGGUCUAGAUAUGCUAUUCGGCCAACGCUUGAAGACUCUCGACAAUCGCGCAGAGCCUUUUGGACAGCAUAUCUAAAUGGCUGCUCAACAGACGGCGACGAUUCAGCCCUAAUUAUGGCAGGCAAACGACGAGUAUCGCAUCUGCAACAAUCUGCAGUAGUAGACAUCACGUAUCUCCUUACAGCGGCCAAGGAAAGGGGCAUCAGCUUGCAAGCACUAUUUUUCGCCGCUUAUGCCAAAACGCUUGCACUAGAGAGUGGUGGAGACGCGGGCGACGAAAGCAAAAAGACUAUCGUAUUCGGCAUUUACCUCGCGAAUCGAUCUGAUGAGGCUCUUUCGUCGAUAUACCCCACGCUUAACCUUGUUCCUUUGAGAGUUCGAGUGGCGCGCGGAGAUCCUCUUCUAGAAGUUGCCAGCUUGAUACAAGAUGAUAUCCACCUUGUAUCUACAGGUGGUCGUGCUGACGUCGGGCUGUGGGAAGUUGCAGCGUGGACAGGCGUUAGGGUGACUUCGUUUGUCAAUUUUCUCAGCCUCCCUAGUGCUUCACCCGCGACAUUAAAUGGAGAUUCGGUAGCUGUUAAGCUUGUACCACUGCAGGAGGAAGAUGAUACUGUAGGAACAUCAGCGAGUGGCAUCGCAGAAGACGCAAUUUCUCAACCCUGGAUAAUAAACAAUACCGUCAGAGAUGCAUUCCCAGCCGCAAUAGACAUCGAAGCUUCUAUACAAGGAAACAGUUUAGAUAUUGGCGUAUUUGGAUCCUACAAACGGCUAUCUGAUAGGGGGGCGACAAGUCUCGUGGCGAGUAUUGUUUCGCAUUUAGAGCAAUUGGAUGAUGGAGAUGAUGCACUGAUGGCGGCGUGGGCUUCGUCAUGGGAAGUUAGAAGCAUCACAUAG